AUGGACCACAUAAUAGUUGAUUGUGGAUUUAUAUUACUCAUGGAAAACAGGAAACAUCCAAAUGAAACAUCAUGCUCCAUUCGUGAUUUUGAUCAGCAUGCUACCUGCAUUGUUGGGAAAUUUGAGGCGCUGUACCAGUGCUACGGCGUUAAGCAUAUGCCUUGUAUUUGUCUUCAACAGGGCAAACAAAAAUAUUGUAUUGGCUACAACAAAGCAUGUGGACACUUGGCUUUCUUUGAAGGAUUAACUGCUUCUGGCACCUGGUGGGUAAGGGCUGUUGAUGAAUAUCUCAAAAUUCUACACUCUAGCCAAUAUAUGCAUGUACAGAAGAUGGUGAGUAGUUGCCCACAGUUUUCGUUGGACUUUUCAAUAGAUCAUCAAGGUCCCUACGUAAACGUUGCAGAAGAUGGAAUGGUAGCCGCCGUGGGAAAUGAACAGGCGAUGGACAGUAAGAUAGGAGAUGUACUUGAACCGCAAAAGAUCCAUUGCAGAGUAACUAACGAAAUGGUUUCUGGAGAACAAGAUGAAGAGAUGAUUCAGGCAGAAUCACACUUGUUUGCAGAAAUCCCACAAUCAUCCGAACAAGUUACUAGCAUGCAGGAUGCAAAGCCUCUCGAUGUAACUACCACUGUUGGAAGAUGCUUAGAUCAGCCAUCCCAACAGACUAAGUGGUCGUUGUGGUUGCUUGUUUAUGUUUCCAUCGUCACAAGUUGGCCAUUGGUUGGUUCUGCACUUAAAAUUGUCUUGCAAGGGAAGCUCAGAAAUUUGUUUUGGUGA